AUGUCUCAACCUUCAAUCCAACCUUUGCAUCAAAAGCCUGUCCCAACCUUGGCGACAUCCGAUCUCCAUAGAGCAAUGUUCAAGAAGCCUGCAGCUCUCGAAAUGAAGAACAAAUUUGCAUCACCAACUGAUGAUUUACUAUCUCCAUGCUCUCAGAGAUUGAAUGAACACAAGUCUAAACUGUUCAGUGCAAAUGCAAAGCCUACCAAAUUGAAUUUUGCCACUGCUAAACACAGUAGUGACAGCGACAGCGAUGAAGAAUAA